AUGAGUGACGAGGUCGAGUUCAACAAUACAGGCGAUGGACCCUUGAUGGUGCCAGGAUUCAAUGGAGUUCCCUUUGAUGUCAUAACAUCAUCAAACAGAACGUUUGUAGGCUCUGAUCUCUGGUAUCCGUCGCCUUUCACCACCCGCGAACUGGAAAUGCUGAGGCUGAUGAACUCCUUAACUGAUCGACCAGGCUGGGAGGAGCUGGUCUUUGAUGCUUCCACCAUGCAGACUUGGCGAAGUGAAGUCAUGGCGCAAUUUCCAUUGAUCAGCCCCAAGGCAUGGGAAUGGUGCGAGGCUGAGCUGCGUGACAAAGCGCAGCGAUGGCAGGAGACUGGUCUAAUUAUGGUUCUGAACGCUGGCAGUGGCGUGUGUAAAUCAGACACCAUCAUUCCUCCUGCAGUGACCGCGGAGAUCCAGGACUUCGUCACUUCUGCAUUAAACGAGUCUGCCGGGCAGAAGGACUGGCAGCCGAGUUCAAACCAGCAGGUUUGGAACCUGAUUGACCCCUCGCUGUACCCGCUGACUCGCGAACGCACGAGAGUGCUGAUCAGUGGCGGCAGUGUUCCGCUUGAGCAGACUCUGGACGCUUACGGGCAAGGAGAGGUAGCGCCGCCGCUCCAUGAUGAAAAAAUGGAUUGGGAAAUUGAAAAAUACCUCUACUCACUGCGCUAUCAAUGGCUGCCUUGUGAGGUUGAAUUCUGUGGGCUGGCUGGAUCGACAGACGUGCGGAUUACUUCCUACAUCAAUAAUCUUCACCCCCGUGAGCAGCGGCCAUUCUACAGGACGCUGGAAGGUGUAAUAUCCAAAGUUGUUGAGCCAUGGAAUGAGAUUCUGAUUAGGUUUGGGGACGUGCGGUCACGGGACUCUGUCGGUCGGGAGCCCAUGCGAAUCCGCACAUUCGGGGUCGCGUGGGAUAAUCGUUAUCCUCAAUGGGCCGAGGAGCUCCCGACCACGCUGGACGUCGAUAGGUCAACUGAAGAUUACCAGCGGGCGCUCGCUCGCGUCAAGGAGUACCUCUCUUUACCAGAGUAUGGAGUAAAGGUGCAAUGGUCGUACAAUACAACAAGCGAAAUCCCCGCAGACUGGGAGGCAACAUUAUCCUUGCGUGAAGUUGUGAAUAUCAAAUACAGUCGCAUGUUUCGGUUCCGACACUCCGAGCCUGGCACCACCUAUUCCUACGAAGACUGGAGGGCAGGACGAACGGCCCGAGCAAUCGUUGGUCGUGAGGACUACGACAACCUUGAUCCCUCCACGGAACUCUGGCGGAACCGCCUCGAAAUCAUGGAUCCAAUGCUCCAUAAUGAGAUGCUCAGAGCAAGAGACGAGAUCGAUCAUCAGUUCCAGACCGUGAAACUCCAGGACGAGUUCCGCGAAAAGGGGCUACAGAUUAUUGUCAAGCUGGGGGGCAUUGAGCUCACUCCUGAUAAUCUGUCCUUCUUGGGCGAGGACUGGCACGCGGACGGUCUCCUGAACGAGCAUAUCGUGGGAAUAGCCAUGUAUUGCUUUGAUCUUGAAAACGUGACAAAUGCCCGCAUCUCCUUCGCUCAACAGAUUUCCAUGCGUGGCGAAGUUUUCUCGUUCGCUGACAAUGAGUGGGACAUUCCGUACCUGGAAGAAUUGUUCGGUGUUCGGGAUGAGGGACCAGCGUUUCAAGAACUCGGGUCUGUGUCUAUACGUCAAGGGGGUCUCAUCACUUUUCCAAACUGCCUACGCCACCGCCUUGAAUCGUUUGAAUUGGUGGACAAAGCUCGACCUGGACGCUGUCACUUUUUGACCCUGUUGCUCGUUGAUCCUUACUACCGCAUCUGUUCGACGCGAAAUGUGCCCCCACAGCGUCUCGAUUGGUGGGAACAGGAAGCACGAUCCCAUCUAUCGUCAGCCCAUCCACUUCCCCAAGAAUUGGCGGAUCAAAUCAUUGCCGAGACUGGUCCGUGGCUUAUGAACUUACCAGAGGCUCAGCACCACCGGCGUGAACGAGCCAAGGACGAGGCGGUGGCUUGUGAGAAGGACACGGAGGAGAUUGAGCAUAACACUAUAUGCCUUGUGAAGCGAUGA